AUGGUGAGGUCUUAUCCGAUCCUACCAGACCCAUUUAACCCGAGACCCAAUACCCGAAUCGUCACCCGGUUUGAUUCUCCUCCCACUGCUGGAUUAUUUGUAAAGGUGUCAUCAAAGCCAAGCAAUCACUCCAAGUUCACGGGCAAGUGUGGGACACCACGUUGCACCGGUUGCCACUUCCACCCACCUUGCAAGUCCAAGGGCAAAACCAAAGGCUCUCAAAAACACAAACAUUCUCGGGUCGUAGAUCAACCCGAUUCAAGUUUCUUUGGGUUGUCCGCAACACAGACACUUGACCAUAUUUCUAAUGAUUACACGGACCAUGAAGGCAGCGAAGAUGAUUGUGAUUGGGACGAGAAGGAUGAUAACAAAUGCACUUCUGAAAUGGGGGUUUCAUUUCAGAUGGAUCAAGUUCAGGAAAUAAAAGAAGAUGAAGAUUGGUUUUUGGUGGAAUCUUCUUGA